AUGAGGACCUGGAAGGCAGGAAUUUCUGCCACAUUCAGGCCUUUAUUGCUGAAGUGUGAUUGAUCAGUGCAAGCUGAACCGGUUAAGGACACUUCUUCCAAGCAGAGCUGAUAAGGGAGUGUGUGUGGCAGAGAAUCGGAUGGAGUGCCAAUUUCUGUCAAGGUUUCUGAUUGAGCAGCCGCAUUGUGGUUGAUGAAGACAGAAUGCCUUCCCAGGAGGCUCCAGUAAUCUUAUUCUGCUACUUUCCCAAUUAUCCACCAGUGUCUUUUUUUAAGCUCAGUAAAUGUUUGUUCAACGGAAAGUUGGAACGUAAAAUGUUGAUGGAAUGAGUGGUGAUUCUUGAAACCACUCUCUGUUUAGAAGUGGUGGAGAGGCGUUUCAGUGAGCCAUAAGAUUUUCCAAGGUCUGGGGUGCAGUCUAGUGGGUGGAACUGAUCUCCUGAGUUGAGGCUUUUUGGUUUUGGAGGCUGGAGAAGAAAGUAACUGCUACUAAAAUGUGAAGACCUAAUGAAAAGAACUCUUGUGGUUUGUUGGUAUUCCCUGUUCUUUCCCUUGGCUGAGGCGGAGGUGGCGUCCUUGAACCGUCGGAUCCAGCUGGUUGAAGAGGAGCUGGAUCGUGCCCAGGAGCGCCUGGCCACCGCCCUGCAAAAGCUGGAGGAAGCUGAGAAGGCUGCCGAUGAGAGCGAGAGAGGUAUGAAGGUUAUUGAAAACCGAGCCUUAAAAGAUGAAGAAAAGAUGGAACUCCAGGAAAUCCAACUCAAAGAAGCUAAGCACAUCGCAGAAGAGGCAGAUAGGAAGUAUGAAGAGGUGGCUCGUAAGCUGGUGAUUAUUGAGGGAGACUUGGAACGCACAGAGGAACGUGCUGAACUGGCCGAGUCCCGUUGCCGAGAGAUGGAUGAGCAGAUCAGACUGAUGGACCAGAACCUGAAGUGUCUGAGUGCUGCUGAAGAAAAGUACUCUCAAAAAGAAGACAAAUAUGAGGAAGAGAUAAAGAUUCUUACCGAUAAACUCAAGGAGGCAGAGACCCGGGCAGAGUUUGCUGAGAGGUCGGUAGCCAAGCUGGAAAAGACAAUUGAUGAUUUGGAAGAUAAACUGAAAUGCACCAAAGAGGAACACCUCUGUACACAACGGAUGCUGGACCAGACUCUGCUUGAUCUGAAUGAGAUGUAGAGCGCCCCCGUCCCGCCCUGCCGCUGCUCCUCCCUCUGACCCCGACUCCACCUGAGGCCAGCCUGCCCGAAGCUGACCUUUAAACUGAGGGCUGAUCUUUAACUGGAAGGCUGCUUUGUCCUGUCGCUGCCUCCCACCCCUACCCCUGUGUCUUUUUCGCCAAACUGUCUCGGCCUCUCCCCAGAGAUUCCGGUUGGGCUAGAGGCCGAGUACCUUUGGGAACAACAUUGAAGGGAAUGUGAGCACAAUGCAAAGUGUCUUUAAAAGCAUGUUGUGUUAUACACGUUUUGUAAUUACCUUUUUUGUUGUUGACGUAGCCAUCAUUUGUAAAACAUUCCAAAUAAUUCCACAGUUCUGAAGCAUCGGUCUCAUUUUUAGAAGGUAAUUUUUCAACGUAAUGCAUAUUGUCUUCUCCAUAGAGAGGGAAAGAGGUGUGGGCCUGCCUUGUGGGGAGCCAAAUAGAACCCAGAGAAAAACUCUACAAUGGGGUACCUCAUUGCUUUGUACAGAGUACCAGCCAAACCAGAAGGGUGAUUCCAGGAGUUAGCAAAACAAAAGUGAUGUUCAGGUUUUCAGCUUUAAGGUGUUUUGGGGCCAUUUUUUUUUUUUUUCAUCAGAAGUGACCAAACAAAACGGUGUGAUCUCUGUCUGGGACCAAAUCCUUGUCCAUUUCUACCUUCCCUUCCCAACAGCUCACAGAGUGGAUCAUGUGCCCCUUAUAUUGAGGGUGACCAGUUACUUACUCUACUGCCUCCUUGAAAGAAAAAACAAAAAUUAUGUUUUUUUGCCACUGAUUUAGCCAUAUGAAACUCAUCUCAUUACCCUUUUCUGGGUCUGAAGCUGCUGUCUCUAAAAGUGCCAUCUCAUUCGUGCUUUGUAUCGGAUAGUGCUGGAGAAAUCUUGAAUAGCUUAUGUACAAAACUGUUUUUAAAUUUUAUAUUAUUUUGAAACUUUGCUUCUUUGGGGUUGGAGCACACUGGCCACCCCAUCUGGCUGUGCGAGCUCUGCAUACAGUCUGUGGUCUGGCUGUGUGCUGAUCUUUAAAAGUUUGUUUCCCUACCCAGCACCCCUUUUUGGUGAGGUUUUGGUCAAGUCUGUUAGGUGCGCAUUCUGCAGCUUAUUGGCUUAAAAUGUACUCUCCUUUGGUGUGGUCUCUUUGGGGGCCGAUGGGAGAAAGAAAAACCAAUAGUGCAACUGUUUUGAUACUGAGAAUUGACACAUGUCUUUUUAAAAUAAAGAACCAGUCCCUCCAA